AUAAGAAUAUUGAAAAGAUUUAUGAAGAGUUAAUUACAUUGACAACUAAGGCGUUAAGGCUUCUAGAAAAACAAAAGAUAGCCGAAAAUGUUCCAUGGGCCAGAAGCAUAAGAAAAAAUUUUAAUCCAAUUAAAAAAAUAGUUAAUGAAGUGAAAGAAUAUAGAAAUAGAAGAAUAUUACCUUUAACUUGA